CACCUCUGUCAGUCAAUUCCCAAGAAAUUCACUAUAUACAUGCAGGAUACAUAACUCGUAGCUUUAGUUCUCUCAUAAGCUUAAGUGCUGGUAUGCGUGUGUGAUGUGAUUUUUUUUAAGUUAACUUUUUCGACACGAUUUCAGUAUGCCCUGACACGCUCUACCAGACCGGUCACACGCCUUUAAACCAGACGUCUAUUUAAUGUCACACAAAAGGAGCCCAAGACACACCAUGAGAACAAUCCUUCUUGUUGGUCGUAGUGGCAACGGUACAACAUCCUGUGUUCAAUCAAUCAACAGAGCAGCUCUACAUGGGAACUCGAUCCUUACUGACAUUAAAGCUGUGGAAUGUUCCGGUGUUUGCGAUACCGGAUCGGACCGCGUAGAAAGUGUCGAAACCGUCACGAACAAAGUCAGAGAAGAAUUGAAGAGACACGACGUUCAGGCCGUCUGCUUUGUGCUGAAAUAUGGCGUCCGGUUCACCAAGCAGGAGAAGGACGCUGUGCAGGAAGUCAGGUCAAUGUUCGGCCUUAACGUCUUCCGCGAGCACGGGAUAAUUAUUAUGACCUACGGAGAUCUUUUUGAGGCGGACUCUGGGGAAGAAGGACUGUCGUUUAUGGACUGGUGCAGAGAACAGAGCGGGGACAUACAAUCUCUUUUUGAAGAGCUAAGCUACAGAGUUGUUCUAUUUAAUAAAAGAGCUCAAGACGCCAGCAAACUACAGCAGCAGCUGGAAGAUUUACAGAGAUGUUUGAGUCAAAUAACAAGACCGUACAACUUUUCUGAUUUCAACCAAGCACUACGAGAACGUGCCCAAAACGAACGAAUCGCCUUGUUCAAGCCCAGACCACGCCGUGACAGCGAUCAAGACAUGCUUGUUCCAGUUAGAAAUAGAAACACGGUCUAUGCAUUCGUGUGUAGAUUUAAAUGGUUAAUAAUUUGCGUAUUUAUUAUUACCGUCUUGGCUCUGUUCUUAUUAAUCUACUUUUUAAAAUAGGCUCUUGUGAAAAUUAUUUGUUCCAUUGUACAUUUUCGUUUGUUUUUGUUUUUUUUAGGAUUUUAUUUUAAGUUAAAACAAACUAUCUGUUAUUGAUCUAUGCUUAUUUCCAAACGCUUUAAAAUUGUGUAAAAAAAUGUCCUUGUGAUCUAUUAAGAUUAAGUUUCUUUAUAGUACUCAGGUACUUUGAUUUCAUUAGAUGACUGAUAGUCCUAUUUGUUUUGUCAAAUUAAAAAUGAUUUUAUUUAUUAGUUAAUUGCUAGGUGUAUAUAAUGUUUAGCCAUUAUUAUUACAUUCUGGCUUGUCUAGUAAAAAGUGAGUACAGGUUAUUUCUCCCACACCCAUUCUCGGAUCAAGUUGAAACUUCGCAAAAUUAUUUAUUGACAUAGACAAGACAUAUAUCAUUAAAAAAGUAACCGAUUAAUUCCUUAUAAUUAAUUAUUUUCUUUGAUAUCAAUAAGGAAACUAAUAAUUCAGUAUUCACAGAGAUGGUGUGGGCCUCACAUAGGGCUAUUAAACAAUUAGGAAAGAAAUAGCGAAACUUGCCCUCAAUUUUAUUGAGAAAUUAACUGAUUUUAAUAAAUGGCGUUAUUUUUGUUUUUCGAAGCAUUUUUUUAAAUUUUUCUAUUUUUUUUUUGCGGGGGGGGGGGACCAAAUUCACUUCGCCAAGGGCCUCAAAUGAUCUAAUAUCAAUAUCCAUAAUCAUACACCCCUCCAUACAAAAAACAUUUCUACUACUUCUAAUUUUAAGAAUGGGUAGAUCAUCUCUUAAAGACAGUUUAUGUGACCUGCUCUCAAAGAAGUUCAAUUUAAUGAAAAAGAUUAUAGCGUCCUUUCUAACUAUUAUUCAUGGUUAAGUUUUUUUGGAUUCUCAAAUCAUAAUUCUGCGAAAGAUUGCUAGGGAAUUUUACUAUUGAAUUGAUCUGGGUAUAAUAGGCUCUAUCGUUAUAAGAUCGUCUGUCAGGAAUAAGUUCUGGUCAGCCUGGGUCUCCUGUUUACUUUAGAGGAGAAGGGGGGCAAUUCGGGUUGUUGAUUCCAAGAUUGUUUUUGUUUUGGAUUGUUUUACUUUGUGAGAUUUUUUUUUUUUGGAAUGGAAUGUAACUGAUAGUAAAACAGUGUAGUUUUUGUUCAUAGUCCAGGACAGUUGGAUUUUAGUUAUAGAGUUAAAGUAUAGACUAUAGACUCUAAUUAUUUCUGUAUAGUUAUUGUUCAGUCUUAGGGGAUAUUGAGCUGUUAUAUUUCAAUUGAUACUGGAUAUUUCAAUUGAUACUGGAUAUUUCAUUUGCCAGAACUGUGCCUGUAUUAUAUGAAAGCAUAUGUAAUAAACAUGUUAUAUGUCCGUGAA